AUGGCCUGCAACAAGUGUCGCCAGGGAAACCGUUCCCCUGGUGACACGUGGCCGUGGCCGUGCCAGCCUGCGCGGGACCUUGCUGAAGAGAUCCUGCUCAGUGCAACCAGGCACAUCAAACGCCUUGGAGAGUUGGGGCCUGGGCUUCUGACUGAGCCGGCGCGGAGCCCCCCGGCUGUUGCUGCUCCGGUCCGUGCCAGUCCUGCGGGGCCGGCUGGAUUGGAGGAGCGACGUGCCGAGGAGGCGAGCGGCCCAACUCCUGAUUCUGUGGCGCCUGUGGCCGCCACCGUCGGAGAGGCUGGAGCCCGAGGUCGCGAAGGAGCACCGGCUUUGGAAGAGGACGAGUAUACGUACGAGUCCUUUUCUGAGGAGGUAAAGGUUGAGGAGGCUGCCAGGAAACGUGAGCUGGAGGUGGAACAGGUGAGGACAAGACACCGCAGCGGCCGCAAGCACCAGCAAGUGACUCGGAAGCCGGAGGGGGCUCUGAGCGAAAGUGCCCCGUAUGAAGAAGAGGCCGACGGUGCAGAAAGAGAAGGAGAGGAAGCUGUGGAGGAGGAAGCUGGAAAGCCUGGGAUUGCCUUUCUCUUGGGAGAGUCCAGGAUGCUGGGCUUCGCUCGAGCUAGGAUGGCUGGGCGAGCGGCUGUACUCGCUACCUGGGCACGAACGACAGAGACCCCCCGGAUCGACAUCGAGAACUUGGUCGACUGUUCAACGUUCGGGGAGGCCGUGACCGGAAGGAGGUUGUGCAAGGUGCACGCCGAGGAGGCCGUGGUCCACGUGGACGAUCUGAUAGUGUACCCUCCUCUCGCGUACGAGGGGGCCCUGUGUACAACUCACGGCGUGAGGGCUCUCAAGGAGUUCAAUGCGGCCUUCAAGGUUGACGCUGCAGUGCUAGAUUAUUCGGGUGAAGAAGUCUUGCCGAUGAGGCCGUUGACGGUGGAUCAGAUGGAGCCAGCAUUGACUAUUAUCAACUUGAUUCCGAGCAACCGCAUUCAGAAAGUCAUUGGAGGCCAUAUCAACUGCCUCCCUUCAAUCACGAAGUGGCAGUCUAUCAUCUUGGGUGAUGGCGAGAAUUUGCUUGCCUACCAGUGCGACAUGGCUUGUGCCUUCUACCUUUUUGCUCUGCCUGAUGUGUGGCUUCCUUGGUUCUGUUUAAACUUUGACCUGUCGGGUCGCGACCUGGGGCUUCCAACUGAUGACCGGUACACCAUCGCCUGCUGUACUUUGCCUAUGGGUUGGAAAUCUGCUGUGGGUAUAUGCAAUGCCUCAGCCGAAGAGUGUUGUUGGAAUCUAGACUACCUGAGAUGCGCGGAGUGUUGGCGUCGUGGUGGCGAGCACGGCUGGUGGCAGGUCUAUCUUGAUAACUUCAUUUCAUGCGAAGUUGUGGGUUCCAAAAAUUCCCCUCAUGAUGGAAAAGUGUUCUUUGAUCAAGCACACACUGGAUGGGAAAGUUUCGGCAUUCUUUGUGCCAUGGACAAGGAUGUGGAAGCCGCGGAAGUAGCUCAUGAGCUGGGAGCUGAGAUUGAUGGAGAGCUUGGCAAAGUUAGUGGUGGAACCGCCCGACUUUGGAAAACGGCAGUGUGCUCACUGGCUGUCGCACUUCUGUCAAAAAGCCUAACUCCCAAGAGGGUUCAGGUUUUAGGGGGCCGACGGGCAUUCAUCGCCCAAUUCCGAAGGCCUCUGUUUGCCGUCUUUUCUGACCUAUGGCGGGCUGCCAUACCUGGCUGCUCCCUGGCUGCCCGGCGGCGUGCCGGGGUGGAGCUGGUUAUGGCCGUAAUGUUGAGCCCAUUGGCGUCCUGCAACCUCCGGAAAAGAUUGCACUCAGAAGUCGUGGCCACUGACGCUUCUGAACGAGGUGGAGCAGUUUGCGUGUCUAAAGGGCUCAGCUGGUCUGGUAAAUCCUACUGCUCGUUACUUCGAAAACGAGGAGGCCCGGUGGAAUCAAACCUGUUGGUCAUAUCUCUGUUUAAUGGCAUUGGUGGCGCUUUCAGAGCUUAUGACUUGUUGGGUGUUUGGGUGUCCAUGCCCUGGGGCUUGUGGCAGUGGAAUGCCAAGCCUGCCAAUCGGGUGACGCUCCGAGCAUGGCCAGGAGCUCUUGUGGUGGAAGACGUCAAUGACGUGGGCGAGGCUAUGAUUUUAAACUGGUUGAUGCUCCACCCCAUGGUGAAUGAGGAGCCAACCGUGACUGAAGGGUGCCUCCUGUCUCAGCGAAAGGGGUUUGUAGAAGCAACGAUGAGUGCUCAGGGUGUGUCGGAAUCUCAGUGGAUUCAGCCUGGCUGGAGCAGGGUUGACCCCUCAUGUCCGCUGCCAACCUUCAUGAAAUCCAUAAAGAGAGACCGACCGCCUCCGGUGCCAGCUGGACUUCACCGCACGCCGUUGGAUGCCCAAAACAGGUGGGCGGAUGAUGAGUUUCGAUUUCCUCCAUACCAGUACAAAGAGCAGUUCCUGGUCUCGGAUGGCUCACAACUUCGCUAUGUUAGCUCAGGAGAACGUGAAAUCCUCAUGGGCUUUGGGCCCCAGCACACCCGCUUUUGUCUUCCAGCAUCCGAAAUAAAGAAAAGCACUGCGCGCUAUGAAGAUGAGCGCCUGAGCUUAGUUGGAGACAGCUUCAGUAUGCUGUCAUUUGGCUGGGUUGCUGGCCAGCUGUGCAGGGCAAUCAGACCACUGCCAGCGGUACAAGAAAUCGUCGACCUCAUGGGCCGAGCACCAGGAGCCUGCGCUCGUGCGGGCGCUUCCGCCCCGAUGGGGCGAUGGAAGCAGUAUGGAUUUAAUGAUGUCGAGGACUCCGAGGAAGCGUCGCAGCUCCUUGUUAAUAAGCUCGCGUUGGGAGCCAACCACACGGGAUCUGAUGUCCGAAUCACUACGGGCGAACUCAUGACCCCCUCAAAGUCAGUUCGGCAAAGUGUAGAAGCAAUCUGGUGGCGCUGGAAACAGGUCUUCGCCAAAAAGUGGGAAUUUCCGCAUCAGAUCAAUGCUCUUGAGAUGCGUGCGCUCCUUCUUGGACUCCAGUGGAGAUCGCAGAGGCCGGGUCAUUUAGGUAAAAGGGUUGUUCACCUCGUGGAUAGCUUUGCUAUUCUGGGAAUUGUCUGCAAAGGGCGAACUAGUUCGCUCAUGCUCCGUGCCCUUUCCCGCCAAAUCGCUGCUCAUGUGCUGGCCAUGGGGCUUACAGUCAUCUUAGUCAUGUGGACAGCUCUGAGAACCCGGCUGAUGAAGGUAGUCGAGAGUGAUGAAAAGGCUUAA